AUGCCUGCCUACAGCAACCGCGCGCAGGCCGCGCUGUUGAAGGCCGUCAAUCGUGUAUUUGACCUAGACCGAACGGCCGAGUCCCUCGACGAGCUCAACAAUGGCGUCGUGCUCGCACACAUCCUCCAUGAGCUCGACACGGAGUUCGAUCCUUCCCACCUCGAAUCUAGCCAGGGAGCUUCCAAGUACCUAACCAACAAGCGCAACAUCCAGGCCGUGUAUAAGGGCCUGUUUCGGUUCAUCCGCCGGCAGGUCCCAGAACUGGGCUGUCAGGCAAAGAAAUUCGACUACCACGCGGUGGCCGAGAACCCCGACGCACAGGGCAUCAGCCAGCUCCUCGCAGUCAUGGUUUCGGCAGCCGCCAUGGGGCCUGACAAUGCAAAGUACGUGCCCAGGAUACAGAACGGCUUAGACCGUGAGAACCAGGCCGAAAUUAUGCAGAUCAUUCGCGCCAUGCAGCAGGAUAUUGCCAAUUACAAGGAUGACGACGACCUCGACGAGGCCAUUGAUGCUGUCAUGGAGGCCCGAGAUAUCGACCUACUCGUCGAGGAGCAGAAUGCGGCUCUCCGCCAACAGCUCGAUGGCGCCAAGAAGACCCUGUCCGACUACAUCACGCGGCUGGAGCACCUUCAGCAGAGCCACGAAGAGCUCAAGUACGAAAAGGAGAAGAAUGACCGCGAGCUCGAGAUUCUCCGCAAGGCCACUCAAGAUGGAGCCAACAGCGCGGAGGCCAUCAAGCUUCUCGAAGCACAAGUGCACGAGCAGAUGGAAAUUAUCGCCAGAAACGAGGAGACCAUACGAAAUCAUGACAGAAUUAAGGCACAGCUCGAGACCGAGGUGCAGCGCCUGAGCCAGAAGAGCAUGCAGGCCGACGAGCUCCGGGACCAGGUCACCGAGUGGAAGCACAAGGCCGACGAGCUUGAAAAGAAGGCCAACACCGCCGAGCGCUACAAGCAAAAGCUGGAGGCGCAGCAGGGCCUGGUGAAGGAGGUGCAGAAUCUCCAGUAUGAGCGAGCCGAGCUUCAGGAACAGCUGCGGUCUCUCGUGAGCGACAGAGAGCGGGGGGACCGUACGAGGAAAGCCGAGGACGAGCUCACCAAGAUGAUCACCCAGUCAGAGCAACACCUGUGGGAUGAGCGGAACCAGAAGAAUCAGCUCAUCAAAGACGUCGCGGCACUUGAGGAAGAGUUGGUGCGAUUGAAGGCACAACGAACCCACGACGAGCACUUCAUCCAGGAUUUGCAGGAGCAAUUGCAUCAAGGUGGCGGCGGCGCUCCGCAAGGCGAUGGCCUCGGCUCCGAGUCAGGGACAUUCAACCUGGAAGACGAGCUCAACAACGCCGCCGGGGACGAGGGGCAGACGAACGUGCCACUGGAGUUGUCACGGCUCAAAGCUGAGAAUGAGUUGCUCCGCAAGACUUUUGGUUCGACCGGAGAUGCCGCGUUGCUCCGACGCGAGUUGGAGGACCAAAGACGCCAAAGGGACAGACUUCAGCAAAACUUCAACGAAAUUUUCGAGAAGCACAUUGUAACUCAGGAGCAAAUCAAGGCGCUGAUGGCCGAUGCCACAGGCGAAGGCUCGCAAGCUUUCAUCAACCUGCGGACGCAGCUUGUACAGUCUCAAUCAAGCCUUGAAGAGACAGUUAAGCGUUCCACCGACCUGCAAACGAGAGUUGCCGACAUGGAACGGGAGCUCAUCAGCGCAAGAGCUCAGGCGUCGGCCGCCGAAAAGGGAGGCACUGCGGCUAUCGACGAGCUGAAGAGCACCGACAAGCUGAUCUCCGAGUCGCUCAAGGCGGAGCUAGACCGGCUGCGGGACGAGUUCAGCUUCGUAGUGAGCGAGAGGGAUGCGCAAAAGUCGCAGCUGAUCGAAGCACUCCUAGCCAAGGACAAGCUUCGCAAGGAGAUUGAAGAAGGCAAAGAGCUGCACGACACGUCCGCGGUCCCGACGGAAACUGCCGACGCGGACAUGUCGGAGGCUGCUAAGAAGUCUGGCGAGAAGAUCGAGAAGCUCCGAGCCCGCCUCAAGGAGCGCAAGCAGCAACUCGAGCAAUCGGAACAAGAGAAGCUCGAUCUGCAAAACAAACUCAAGGCAGUUCAAGGGGGCCAGAUUUCUGCCGCGCAAAAGGCUGCGACCGAUCAGGUCAUCAAGAACCUCCAAAGAGAGAACGCGUUGAUCGCUACGGCUUGGUAUGACCUCACCAGCCGGCUGCAGAGCAACCAUGUCGUACUGCAACGAAGGCACGAUGCGCCGCGGAGCUGGCUGAACAAGCAGAGGCAGAUGGUCAAUGCUACCCCGAGGAGAUAG